AUGGCGUCCUCCGCUUCUCUGCUCUCCCUAGCGCUCUGCUCCCUCCUUCUCUUCCAAGUCUGCUCUGCCCAAUUCGAAACCGGCCGAGUCUGGGGGUCAUCAAGGUCCCAGAGGAAAUCACAGCAGCAGAACGAGUGCCAGUUCCGCCGCAUCAAUGCCCAGGAGCCCGACCGCAGGAUCACAUCGGAGGCCGGCAUCACCGAGAUCUGGGACGAGAACGACGACCAGUUCCGGUGCGCCGGCGUCGCUGCCAUCCGCCACACCAUCGAGCAGCGAGGUCUCCUCCUUCCCGCUUACUCCAAUGCCCCCAAGCUCAUCUACGUUGACCAAGGCAAAAACAUGUGGAGUGCAGGGAGAGGGUAUCACAGCGCAGCGAUACCGGGCUGCCCCGAGACUUACCAAUCCGAGCAGGAGUCUGAAUCAAGGGAUCCGAGGCAAGGAUCGAGAGAUCAACAUCAGAAGAUCCGGAAGAUCCGACAAGGCGAUAUAAUUGCCAUCCCAGCUGGAGUUGCGGACUGGUUCUACAACGACGGUCAGUCUCCUCUGGUUCUUGUCCAGAUCAUGGACACUAGCAACUUCGCCAACCAGCUCGACCAGAACUUCAGGAAAUUCUUCCUGGCAGGGAACCCGCAGAGAGAAAUCCAAGGGCAGAGGGGACAGCCUUCGAGGCACCUGUACCGUGGAAGCGAGAAGGGAAGAGGCGGCGGCGGCGGCCAGGAGCAACGGUCCGGCAACAUCUUCCAGGCCUUCGACGAGCAGUUCUUGGCCGAGGCUUUCAACAUCGACACCGACCUGGCGAGGAGGAUCAAGAACGAGAACGACAACAGGGGAAUCAUCGUCAGGGUCGAGGAGCAGCUGGAAUUCCUGAGCCCCGAGUUCAGCGAGGAAGAGAGGAGGCAAUCGUCCCAGGGCGGCGGAAGAACCGGCCGCUGGUCUGCUAACGGAAUCGAGGAAACCUUCUGUACCGCCAAGUUGAGGCACAACAUCAACGACCCUUCACGCGCCGACAUAUUCAACCCACGCGCCGGCCGCCUCACCACCGUCAACAGCUUCAACCUCCCCAUCCUCCGAUACAUUCAGCUCAGCGCCCAAAAGGGCUUCCUCUACAGGAACGCGAUCAUGACGCCGCACUGGAACAUGAACGCGCACAGCAUCAACUACAUCACCAGGGGCAGCGGGCAGAUCCAGAUCGUGAACGAGAACGGGGAGAGCGUGUUCGACGGGCAGGUGCAGGAAGGGCAGAUCAUCACCGCGCCGCAGAACUUCGCGGUGAUCAAGAGGGCCGGCAGCGACGGGCUCGAGUGGAUCUCCUUCAAGACCAAUGACAACGCCAAGAUUAACCAGAUCGCCGGCAGAGCGUCGACGAUCCGGGCGAUUCCCCAGGAUGUGCUCGCGAAUGCGUUCGCGAUUUCGAGGGAAGAAGCGCAGAGGAUCAAGUUUAACAGGCGGGAGAUUGGGAUCUUCAGCCCUGAGACCAGGUCGCGUGGAAGGAGGGACUGA